AUGGCCGGUGUUCAGACACUCGCCGAUGCGAUUCAGCUCACGCCAGCCAGCUUCGGUCGCGACCGGCACCUCGUGAACGUUCCGGCGCACAUGGCGGCGCUGCAGCAGCGGUACGCAGACCCGACGUCCACGCUUUCAACGCACGCGCUCUUUGUGUCGCCGACCAAGGCCUAUCUGGCCUUGGCGCUGCAUCUCUCGACUGUCCAGGCGACCUGGCGAUCGUCCAGCGAUGGCUUCGCGACGCGGCCUGGUGACAUCAGCGACGCUCGAGCUCGCGGUGUCUCAAGGCCCCAUUGUAUGCCUGCUGUCGUGACGCCGACGCUGAUGGACCUCGUGGCCAUGGCGGGCGACCUCCCGCUCUUGCAUUGGCUGCACGACGCCGGUGCGAUCUGCACAACCGACGCGAUGGACGGUGCAGCCGUGAACGACGUCGUCGCCUUUCUACAUGUAGCGAGAACCGAAGGCAUCGCUGCACGAUCGUGGCGGCGAUGGCCAUGCUGA